UUCCUUUGCAGACCUGCUGAAUCAAAAAUCCAGCCACUUGGAUCUAGAGAUGUGAUUCCUGUUGGUAGGAGGAUUUUUGCUCUGGUGCUAACUUACAACUUCAACAUCUCUCGUUCAGUGGAGAUUUCACCUGAGAACCCUCUGCUUGGAGAGUAUCUGUAUGAGUCGGAGUAUGAGGGGCAGCUAUGGAUGCUCUAUGAUUCCAAUAAACGUCUUGUUGCC